UCCCCAGGGCCCAACCUGUGGCCCUUUGGUGCUUAUUGUGCAGCCCUCACGUCCCUGCAUCCGUGUAAUAUAUUCCUGGUCUCUGACUGUCUCCAGACUUCAAACACGUGUAAUGUAUCCCCAGACCAUCCCCUGUACUGUGUCCGCAGUCUCUGGUCAUCUCCUGUACUAUGUCUGCAGUCUCCGGUCAUCUCCUGUACUAUGUCUGCAGUCUCUGGUCAUCUCCUGUACUGUGUCCGCAGUCUCUGGUCAUCUCCUGUAAAUUGUCUGCAGUCUUUGACCAUCUCCUGUACUAUGUCCGCAGUCUCUGACCAUCUCCUGUAUUAUGUCCGCAGUCUCUGGUCAUUCUCCUGUACCGUGUCCGCAGUCUCUGGUCAUCUCCUGUACCGUGUCCGCAGUCUCUGGUCAUCUCCUGUACCGUGUCCGCAGUCUCUGGUCAUCUCCUGUACUGUGUCCGCAGUCUCUGACCAUCUCCUG